AUGGAAGCAGUUGAUGAUAUAGUUGAUAUACCAUUACAUGGUGGAUAUGAGACAUAUAAUUCCUCUUCUGGCCGAACAUCUGCUUCAAACCAAGGCAUUGAAAUAUAUAUAACUAACUCAACGCUCAAAGAUGACACAUUCAGCAAAUACAUUUCAUAUUGAAUUCAAGGGCAUGACUCUUCAGGAAAUUUCCAAGUUUAUCGAAGGUAUUCUGACUUUCUUGCUUUACGAACUCAGUUAAUUCAAAAAUGACCUGGCUGUUAUAUUCCUCCUGUUCCUCCAAAACAGCUGAUUGGCAAUUUAUCUUCAAAAUUUAUAGAGGCACGUAGAAAACAGCUGGAAUAUUUUUUGCAAACCACAUCAGCAAUAAAUUUUAUUUAUAUUUAAACUUUUUAAUUAAAUUAAUAUAAUUUUAGUCAGCAAAUAGAAUCCUAUCAAAUAUAUAGCACUCGCUUUGCAAUAUCAAGCCUCACUUGAAUCUAGUUUAAUCAAAUCAGUAUACGUAACUGAAGAAUUCCAAUUAUUUAUAAGAAAUCAAACUGAAUUUGAAAGAGCAAGUGAUUCAUUCAGAAUAUCCAAUAGAGAAAUUUCGCAAACUUACCAAAACUUGUUUAUGGAUUUUACAAGAAGUCAAGUGACUCUAGAAAUGAAGCGAAAAUUAGAUGAUUAUGAUGAAUUUUUCAAAAAUAGCCACAAUGUUUUGUCUACUUUUAAAAAAAGUGUGAAAAGUGUCGGAAUUCAAUUUCAUGUGUUUCAGUCACAGUUUUGUGACUUAAAUACAAAACUAAAAGAACUAGAAAAAGGAUAUAUAAAAGAACUCCGAGAAUAUGAAAAUGUUUUAUACGUGCCAAUUGAAAAAAGAAGCCUUGAAAAUCCAUUCCUUGAACUUUAUGAUUGGGCCAAACAAGAAGCUCAAGAUAUAAAAUCUAUACUUGAAGCACUAGCUUCUAGAACUGGUAUCGAAGCUCAAAAACUUAAAGCAGAAAAGAGGAUGGAAAAAGAAAGCAAGAGCUUAAAAAAAAUUCAGCAAGGAAAAUCAACCUUUACUCAAAUAUUUUCUUCAACCACAAAAACUGAGCAGCUGGCUUCUGCAGAGGUUCAGAUUAAGGACAUUGAAGAUGAAAUCAAAGAUUUAGAAACAAUUUUGAGGAUUAUCAUGAUAAGGCUUUGCGAAUAUGAACUGCCGAUUUUUAAGGCAAAUAAAAUAAAAACUUAUGAAAGAAUGAUGAAAAAGUACGCUGAAUUGACAGUUUCAGGGUUUAAAAUUAUUACUGAUUCAGCUAAAGGAAUUCAAGAAAGGAUGGGUGAACAAUAA